UCCUCCUGCCUGCCGGGGUAUAAAAGGCGCCAGGUGACCGCCUCACCACUCCUCCCGCCACUUGGACUCCGCUGGCCAGUGCUGCCCGCUGUCCGCUUCCUCCUUCGCUAUGACUUCCUAUAACUACCGCCAGUCCGCCACCUCGUCCUUCGGGGGCCUGGGCGGAGGCGCCCUGCGCUUCGGGGCGGGGGGCGCCUUCCGUGCGCCCAGCAUCCACGGGGGCUCGGGCGGCCGCGGCGUGUCCAUCUCGUCGGCGCGCUUCUUGUCCUCGUCCUCCUCGGGGGGCUACGGCGGCGGCGCCCUGCUCAGCUCCGACGGGCUGCUGGCCGGCAACGAGAAGAUGACCAUGCAGAACCUCAAUGACCGCCUGGCCUCCUACCUGGACAAGGUGCGCGACCUGGAGACGGCCAAUGGCGACCUGGAGGUGAAGAUCCGCGACUGGUACCAGAAGCAGGGCCCCGGGCCGGCCCGCGACUACGAUCACUACUUGAAGACCAUCGAGGACCUGCGCGGCCAGAUUCUGGAUGCCACCAUUGAGAACUCCAAGGUUGUCCUGCAGAUUGACAAUGCCCGCCUGGCUGCAGAUGAUUUCCGAACCAAGUUUGAGACAGAGCAGGCCCUGCACAUGAGCGUGGAGGCCGACAUCAAUGGCCUGCGCAGGGUGCUGGAUGAGCUGACCCUGGCCAGAGCCGACCUAGAGAUGCAGAUUGAGGGACUGAAGGAGGAGCUGGCCUACUUGAAGAAGAACCAUGAGGAGGAGAUCAGUGCCCUGAGGGGCCAGGUGGGUGGCCAGGUCAGUGUGGAGGUGGAUUCUGCUCCAGGCGUUGACCUUGCCAAGAUCCUGAGUGACAUGAGAAGCCAGUAUGAGGUCAUGGCUGAGAAGAACCGGAAGGAUGUUGAAGCCUGGUUCGCCAGCCAGACUGAGGAGCUGACCCGGGAGGUGGCAGGCCACACAGAGCAGCUGAAGAUGAACAAAACGGAGGUCACCGACCUGCGGCGCACACUCCAGGGGCUGGAGAUUGAGCAGCAGUCUCAGCUCAGCAUGAAAGCCGCCCUGGAAGGCACACUGGCGGAAACAGAAGCCCGCUAUGGGGUCCAGCUGGCACAGAUCCAGGCACUGAUCAGCAGCAUUGAGGCCCAGCUGAGUGAUGUGCGCGCUGACACAGAGCGGCAGAACCUGGAGUACCAGCAGCUCAUGGACAUCAAAUCACGGCUAGAGCAUGAGAUCGCCACCUAUCGCAGCCUGCUGGAGGGCCAGGAUGCCCUCUACAACAACCUGCCCACUGCCAAGGCCCUCUGAGCCCCCAGCCUCCUGGGAAGCUUGCCUUUCCCUGUAGAGGCGUAUAGGGGCAUGGGAGGGGAGGGACCCUUGGCCCCAGCUCUUCCCCUAAACUACCAAUAAAACCUUAUGACUGAA